CGCAGCCGCCGCCCGGUGCCAGCCCCGCCGCCGCGAGCCCCGGGCCCUGUCGCGACAGCGGCGGCACCCGCGACAUGAAGGCGGCUAGGGCCAGGACGCCGCGGAGGCCGCGCAAAGCCACGAACCCCACGCAGAAGGACCCGGUGGGGGUGUACUGCCGCGUGCGGCCGCUCAGCCGGGCAGACCAGGAAUGCUGCAUCGAGGUCGUCAACGGCACCACGGUGCAGCUCCACCCUCCCGAGGGCUUCCGCGUGUUCCGGAACGGCGAGUACCGCGAGACCCAGUAUUCCUUCAAGGAGGUCUUUGGCACGCUGGUGGUGCAGAAGGAGCUCUUUGACGUGGUGGCCAAACCUCUGGUGGAGGAUCUGAUCCGGGGCAAGAACGGUCUCCUGUUCACCUACGGAGUGACGGGCAGUGGGAAGACCCACACCAUGACAGGUUCUCCUGGGGACGGGGGGCUCCUGCCCCGCUGCCUGGCCAUGAUCUUCAACAGCAUCGGCCCCUUCCAGGCCAAGAGAUUCGUUUUUAAGCUGGAUGACAAGAACGGGGUGGAUGUGCAGAGCGAGGUGGAGGCUCUGCUGGAACGCCAGAGGAGAGAGGCCCUGCCCACCCCAAAAACUCCAGCUGGGAAGAGACAGCUGGAUCCCGAGUUUGCCGACAUGAUCGACGUGCAGGAUCACUGCCGGGCGGAGGAGGUGGACGAGGACAACGUCUACGGCGUCUUCGUGUCCUACAUCGAGAUCUACAACAACUACAUCUACGACCUGCUGGAGGAGGCUCCCUGUGACUCCAUCAAACCCAAGUGGAACAAUUGCAACACUCCUGUGAGAAAUGGAGACUUUGUACCUCCCCAGUCCAAAAUCCUUCGGGAAGACCAGAACCACAACAUGUACGUGACGGGCUGCACCGAGGUGGAGGUCAAAUCCACAGAGGAAGCUUUUGAAGUCUUUUGGAGAGGGCAGAAGAAGCGGCGCAUCGCCAACACGCAGCUGAACCGGGAAUCCAGCCGCUCCCACUCCGUGUUCAUCAUCAAACUGGCUCAGGCUCCUCUGGAUGCUGAUGGGGACAACGUGCUCCAGGAAAAGGAGCAGAUCACCCUGAGCCAGCUGUCCCUGGUGGAUCUGGCGGGAAGCGAGAGGACCAACAGGACCAAAGCCGAGGGGAACAGGCUGCGGGAGGCAGGGAAUAUCAACCAGUCAUUGAUGACAUUGAGGACGUGCAUCGAGGUUCUGCGGGAAAACCAAUUGUACGGAACAAACAAGAUGGUUCCAUACAGAGAUUCCAAACUGACUCAUCUCUUCAAGAACUAUUUCGAUGGAGAAGGGAAAGUUCGGAUGAUCGUGUGUGUGAAUCCCAAGGCUGAGGACUACGAGGAAAGCCUGCAAGUGAUGCGUUUUGCAGAGAUGACCCAGGAGGUGGAGGUGGCCAGGCCCCUGGACAGGCCCCUGUGCGGGCUGACCCCGGGGCGGCGCCUCCGGAACCAGGCAUUCCGGGAGGAGCUCUCCCGAAAACUGGAGCUCAGGGGCGGCCCCGUGGGAGCAGGACCAGAGGAGCCGUCUGCUGCUGAGCUGUUCUUCCAGAGCUUCCCUCCCCUGCCUUCCUGCGAGCUCUUGGAUAUCAACGACGACCAAACGCUCCCAAAACUGAUCGAGGCCCUGGAGCAGCGCCACAAAAUGAGGCAGAUGCUGGCUGAGGAAUUUGGCAAAAACGUUCUUGCCUUUAAAACAAUGCUGCAAGAAUUUGACUCCAGUGUUGCAUCCAAGGAAAAUUAUAUCCAAGGAAAACUGGCUGAGAAGGAGAAAACCAUAACGGGGCAGAGGACGGAGCUGGAACGGCUGGAGAAGAAGAUUAAAACCUUGGAGUACAAGAUUGAGAUUUUGGAGAAGACGGCCACGAUUUACGAGGAGGACAAGAGGAACCUGCAGCAGGAGCUGGAGAGCAAGAGCCAGAAGCUGCAGCGGCAGGCGUCGGACAAGAGGAGGCUGGAGGCCAGGCUGCAGGGAAUGGUGACCGAGACCUCCCUCAAGUGGGAGAAGGAAUGUGAGCGGCGGGUGGCAGCCAAGCAGCUGGAGAUGCAGAACAAGCUGUGGGUGAAGGAUGAGAAGCUGAAGCAGCUCAAGGCCAUCGUCACCGAGCCCAGAGCCGAGAGGCCAGAGAGGCCAGAGAGGCCAUCCCGGGAAAGGGAGCGGGAAAAGGCUCUCCCGAGAUCCGUGUCUCCUUCCCCUGCGCCCAGCUGUGGUGACCCCGCUGAGCUCGGGGACAGCCGGGUGGCCCCGCGGGUGCCCAGGCGCUCCAACUCUUGCAGCAGCAUCUCUGUGGCCUCCUGCGUGCUGGAGUGGGAGCAGAGGGGCCCUUCCUGCGAGCCAGCCAGCAUUCCCAAAGCCAGGAAUAAAGCGGGAGCGGAGCCGGGCUCGGCCUGGCCCAGCCCUGCCAGGAGGAGAGGGAUGUGCUGGAGCCGAGUGCUGGAGGUGCCCAGGGAUAGAGAGGAGCUAGAGCAGGAAGAGGAUCCGUGCUGCAGGAGCGCUCCGGUGGCGCCGCUGCGGCCGCGGCGUUCCCGCAGUGCCGGGGAGCGCUGGGUGGAUCACCAGUCCCAAUCCCUGCCAUUCCCCGUUCCCAUUCCCCGUUCCCAUUCCCAGUGCCCAUUCCCAUUCUCACUCCCCGUUCCCAUUCCAGAGCGCUCUGGUGGCGCCGCUGCGGCCGCGGCGUUCCCGCAGUGCCGGGGAGCGCUGGGUGGAUCACCAGUCCCAAUCCCUGCCAUUCCCCGUUCCCAUUCCCUGUUCCCCUUCCCCGUUCCCAUUCCAGUUCCCAUUCCCCGUUCUCAUUCCCCGUUCUUAUUCCCAGUGCCCAUUCCCCGUUCUCAUUCCCCGUUCCCAUUCCAGUUCCCAUUCCCCGUUCUCAUUCCCCGUUCCCAUUCCCAGUGCCCAUUCCCGUUCUCACUCCCCGUUCCCAUUCCAGAGCGCUCCGGUGGCGCCGCUGCGGCCGCGGCGUUCCCGCAGUGCCGGGGAGCGCUGGGUGGAUCACCAGUCCCAAUCCCUGCCAUUCCCCGUUCCCAUUCCCCGUUCCCAUUCCCGUUCUCACUCCCCGUUCCCAUUCCAGAGCGCUCCGGUGGCGCCGCUGCGGCCGCGGCGUUCCCGCAGUGCCGGGGAGCGCUGGGUGGAUCACCAGUCCCAAUCCCUGCCAUUCCCCAUUCCCAUUCCCUGUUCUUAUUCCCAGUGCCCAUUCCCCGUUCUCACUCCCCGUUCCCAUUCCAGAGCGCUCCGGUGGCGCCGCUGCGGCCGCGGCGUUCCCGCAGUGCCGGGGAGCGCUGGGUGGAUCACCGGCCGCCGUCGCACGUGCCCACGGAGACGCUGCUGCAGCCGCGCGUGCCCCGGGCCAUCACCGUGGACGCCCCCAGCGAGCGCGCCCUGGCCAGGUGCGACCGCUACCUGCUGACCCACCAGGAGCUCGCCUCCGACGGGGAGAUCCAGACCAAGCUCAUCAAGGGGGACGUGUUCAAGACCAGGGGUGGGGGCCAGGCCGUGCAGUUCACGGACAUCGAGACCCUCAAGCAGGAAUCUCCCACCGGGCGGAAGCGCCGCUCGUCGCCUUCCAAUCCCGACCCCGCCGGGGACGCCGCAGACUCGGAGUGGACGGAUGUGGAAACCAGGUGUUCCGUGGCCGUGGAGAUGAGGGCGGGAUCGGCGCUGGGACCGGGAUUCCAGCACCACGCCCAGCCCAAGCGCAGGAAACCCUGAAUUUUUCCUGCUGGAAUCCCGGAUUUUCCCAGCCUGAGGAAUGCUCUGCUGCCACUGCUCCUCAGGACCUGCUUUGUGCUCAUUCCCGGAGGUUUUUAGGGAAGCUGGGAAAUGGUUCCAUGGGUGAUCCCAAAGAACUUCUGGAUGGAUCUGUCCUUUUCCAUAGAUUUAGGGAAAUCCAAAAGCUCCCUCUGGAGUCCCAAACGGAGCUGGAUCAUUACAGACAGUUGCCAGCAGGCUUUUCCCUGGGAGGCUUUUCCAGUGUUUUCCCAGUUUUUUAAUCCCAAAUCCAUCUUUUCUGGUCAUUCCCUCUCUUUUGGGAGACCCAACCGCUGCUAUUCCGAGCUGCAGUCCAGCACUUUAAGGGUGUUUUUUGGCCAUUCCCGAUUUUACUGGAACCAGGAAAACCUUGGGAAUACGGAUUUCUUCUGGCAAGAAUGAGUUUGGAAUAUUUAAGUGUGUCACUGAGCUGUCAGAACGUUCCAGAGUCACCCAAAAUCCUGGGAGCAGUGGGAAUUCGCAUCCCAGCUGCUUUGGGGUGUGAGGGAAUUCUGGAAUGUUUUCCAUGUGGGAAUGGGGGGGAAAAGGGGAUUUCCUCACGGGUAGGGUGGGAAUUGGCUCUCUGUGUGUCC